AUGUCCCAUCACAUAUCGAGCGUCCAGCUUAUGUCUUCAACAAUGGUAGGCAUUACAACUGACCAAAUAGAUCGCCGAGCUCAAGGUUUAAUUACAGAAGUGGGAGCCUACCCUUCAUCACUUCUUUACAAUGGUUUUCCGAAAUCCAUAACAACAUCAGUCAAUAAUAUUGUAGCUCAUGGUAUACCAGAUGAUAGGCCCUUGUUAAAUGGUGACAUAAUAACGGUGGAUGUUGCAGUAUAUUACAAAGGGUAUCAUGGAGAUAGCUCUGAGACAUUUCUAGUCGGCGAAGUAGAUAAUGGAGGGAAAAAACUAGUCACCGCAGCUCGAGAAAUAAUGCAGGCUGGAAUCAAUUGCUGUCGUCCAGGAAUAUCAUUCAGCACGCUGGGUGGUGUAAUAGACGGGGAAGCACGAAAACGAGGAUUGUGUGUUCUACCUUGUGUGGGAGCUCACGGAGUGGGGCGAUUUCUUCACGAAUAUCCGCAUAUUUUCCAAUUCGCAAAUAACUAUGUGCGAGGUCAAGAAAAAAUGGAAAAAGGAAUGGUAUUUACAGUGGAACCAGCUAUUGGUCAGGGUAAACCAGACUGUGUUACCUUAAGUGAAGAUAAUUGGACUGUAACUACGUUUGAUGGCUCUAGAGCUGCUUAUUUCGAACACACAAUUUUGAUAACUGAUACCGGGCAUGAAAUUUUGACCGAAUAA